CUUUGCUCUAUACGGUCACACUGGUAAGAGUGUCGUGCAUUAAAGUUUUAAAAACAAAGUUUAUAUUAAUAAAAAUGAGCGCAAGCAUAUUACUGAAUACACUGCGCGCCCUGCGCAUAGGAAGCUCUAUCAGAAGACAGAACAACACUCUCGUCGCAGUGCGUCAAUAUGCAACUCCACCCAAAAGAUUCUACAAGCAGACAUCGGUGCUGUGCAGUGACACUGGUUAUGAGGUGACCCUGGACCAUCGCAAGCUCAAGACCCCCAAGGGAACAUUGUUUACGGUCAAGAGCGAGCCUCUGGCAAUUGCUGUGGCCACCGAGUUUGAUAGCCAGAAGGAUCACAUUGAACGCUCUCGUAUGCACAUUUCGGCGCUUUGCUUUACGGCCAUUGACAAUCCUAAUAACCUUAACAAAAUAGAUAUGGUUAACUAUUUGUUAAACUUUGUGCCCACGGAUACAGUGCUAUUCCAAUAUGAUGACGAACAGGACUUGCAGGAGUUGCAGCACAAUGAGUGGGAUCCAUUAAUCAAUUGGUUUAAUCAACGAUUUGAAACCAACUUGCAGAAAACAUUGAACAUUACACCGCCCCAAAUCACAGAUGCGGAUAAGAUGAAAAUAGCCAAGCAUUUCCACUCUUACGACCUGGAAACAUUGCACGGUUAUAUUUUUGCUGUGGAUACGCUCAAAUCUAUUGUGCUAGCCUGUGCAGUCAUGGAGCAGCAAAUAACAGUGGAAAAAGCGGUUGCUCUGGCUCGCCUGGAAGAGGAAUAUCAGAUUAAGUUCUGGGGACGCGUUGAGUGGUCUCAUGACUUGAGCCAACAGGAAUUACAAGCACGUUUGGCGGCUGCUGUGUUGUUUGUGCAUCUGAAUUGUUCCGAACACUUUGUUAAAGAAAAGUUACUAUUAUAA